UGAUAUAUUUGUGCCAAUGCGUGUGUACUGGCAUGACAAGAGCUUACGGUAAAACCAUGUCUGCGUAUGAUUGUAAUAAGACUGGAAAUAAUUUUUUUUAUAUAACUUGAAUAUCCCCACUCGCUAUGACAAACUGGAUAGAAACUUGAUCUUCGGACUUAUUGGAGUUAACGUGAUUUAAAACUUUGUUUUAAAAUUAAUGGUACGGUCGUACAGUUUGAUUUUGACAUCAGAACGCAAUACGCACCUGCGUAUUUUAAAUUUAUAGAUAUAAUUAAAUAAAAUAAUAAAAUGGAAGUAUCGCCGGUUCUAAAAGUCAUCUUGGGAUUGCUGAUGGCUGCUGUAAUGUCACUGUUUUAUUUACAAAAAUCAAGUACAGUGACUCCGGAAUUACCUAAUACUUGGUGGGGUCCAGGAAAAGAAAAUCCGAAAGCUGACAAAACUGUACGACAAUUUGAAAUUUUGUUUACUGAUCAGCAAGUCAAUGACCUGAAGAACCGAUUAAAAAACACUCGAGAUCUGGCCCCACCUUUGGAGGGUUCGGGAUGGACGUAUGGGAUCAGUGGAACUUUUGUUAAAAAUAAUGUCGUUAAUUACUGGCUAAAUAAAUAUGACUUCAAAAAAAGAAUUGCUUAUUUGAAUAAAUAUGAUCAAUAUAAAACAAAUAUUCAAGGUCUUGACAUCCACUUCAUUCAUGUUAAGCCAAAAAACGUUCAGGGAAGACCAGUGAUACCUUUGCUGAUACUCCACGGCUGGCCUGGGUCAGUCAGAGAAUUUUAUGAAAUUAUUCCCAUGCUGACAACUCCGCAAGCAGACCGUGAUUUCGUAUUUGAAGUGAUAGCGCCAUCGCUGCCAGGUUUCGGAUUUUCUAGUCCUGCAGUAAGACCUGGGCUAGGCAGCAAAGAAAUGGCUGUUGUCCUCAAGAAUCUCAUGUUGAGGCUGGGAUUCGAUAAAUUUUAUACCCAAGGCGGCGACUGGGGAUCUGUUAUUGUCGGGCAGAUGGCGGCGUUAUUCCCCCAGCAUGUACUGGGAACCCACUCAAACUUCUGCAGCGCUAUGGGCUUCAAAGUGACAUUGAAAACAUUUUUAUUCAGUUUGUUCCCGUCGUUGCUGCUACCUGAAGAAGAUCAUCAUCGUCUUUAUCCAAUGAAGGAACAUUUCUUCAAUAGACUUCUGGAGACCGGUUACUUACACAUACAGGCAACUAAGCCUGACACCGUUGGAAUCGGCCCAAGUGAUUCGCCAGCUUCUCUAGCAGGUUACGUCCUAGAAAAAUUUUCAUCAGCGACAAAUUCUGCGAACAAAGUCAAGGACGACGGAGGACUGUAUGAUAAAUUUACUCCAGAUACUUUAAUAGACAAUUUAAUGAUGUACUGGAUACCCAAUAGCAUGACUACUGCCAUGAGAAUUUAUGCAGAAUCAUUUAAUUUACGUUCAAGUUUAGCUGAGAUGGCCUGGCCAAUAAAAGUACCAAGUGCUUGUGCUCAAUUUCCUCAUGAGUUACUUUACUAUCCUCCAUCACUACUCAAAGAAAAGUACAUUGAUUUGGUCCAGGUAACCAGGAUGCCCAGAGGCGGACACUUUGCAGCACUGGAGGAACCAAAAUUACUGUCCGAUGACGUGUGGAAAUUUGUCGCGACUGUUGAAAAUUUUACGAUUUCAUCAGAAAUUAAAAAAAUAUCAUCAGUAGAAAAGAUUCUGUUGGACUGUUCACAUAAAACCUUUGUGAUAAUGAUUAAAAAAUUAUUACUGGCACUAUCUGUGCUCUUUGCUGCAUAUUAUCUUAGAAAUUGUUGUAUGAAAACGGAAACCGAAAUUCCUAAAAUACCAGAACCGAACUGGGGACCACUGGACAGUGCGAAAGAUUCAUCUAUACGGACUUUUAAAAUAGACAUUCCCAAGGACGUAAUCAACGAUCUUAGAGAACGAUUGUCACGGACACGUGAGCCAGUACCAGCACUUGAGAAUGUCGGAUGGACUUACGGACUCUCAAGCAAAUAUUUUAAAAAUAUUAUCGACUACUGGACAAAUAAAUAUGACUGGUACAAACGACAGGAAUUGCUUAAUAAAUAUCCGCAGUUUAUUACGAAUAUUCAAGGACUUGACAUACAUUUUUAUCAUGUGAAGCCAAGCAAAUUGCAAGUCGACGGCAAGCAAUUGAAAGUACUUCCACUUCUGCUAGUUCACGGUUGGCCGGGUUCAAUUGUCGAGUUUCAAAAAAUAAUUCCAAUUCUAACGACACCCAGAGCUGGCAAAAAUUUCGUCUUUGAAGUUAUUGCACCUUCGCUACCUGGUUAUGGAUUUUCUCAGGGUGCUGUCCGACCUCAUAUGGGCCACGCACAGAUGGCUGUUGUGUUCAAAAAUUUGAUGACUAGAUUAGGUUUUGAUAAAUUUUAUACACAAGGAGGUGAUUGGGGCAGUGCUAUUACUACCGACAUCACUAUUUUGUUUCCUGAAAGAGUUCUUGGAGCACACACAAAUUUUUGUGGAAUAUUUAGAAGUUCUAACUCACUUUUCUGGCUUUUACUUGGCUCAUAUUUCCCUUCGCUGGUCGUUGAAUCUGAGCACUACUCAAAAGUUUAUCCAUUAUCAGAAAAGUGGUCAAGAUUAGUUGAAGAAUCCGGUUACUUUCAUUUACAAGCUACUAAGCCUGAUACCAUCGGUACCGCUUUAAUGCAAGCACCAGCUGCCCUAGCAAUUUACAUCCUAGAAAAAUUCAGCACAUGGACAAAUCCCGAGUACAGAUUCCGUGAAGACGGUGGCCUAUUGGAAAAAUAUACGAUGGAUGAAUUACUCGACAAUAUUAUGAUUUACUGGGUCACUGAUUCCAUUACGACUAGCGUGAGACUUUAUGCUGAAAGUUACAGUUCUGAAAAUAGAAAUAAAUAUGACUCAUUGACAACAAAUGUACCAGUAGCAUGCGCGAAUUUCCCACACGAAGUAAUGUACUCGCCAAAGUCAUUAGUAGAAACGCGGUUUAAAAAUUUAAUUCAGUUCAAUCAUCUCCCUCGUGGUGGACACUUUGCUGCAUUCGAAGAGCCGAAGCUUCUUGCAGAUGACUUCUGGACGUUUGUCGAAAAGGUCGAAAAGUCAUCAGCUGAAUAAAUAAACAGCAAUAAUCUGUGCAUAAAUAAAAUAAUAAAAAAUUUAUUAUCACUUUUUUUAAAAUCAGAGCCGCUAAAAAAACUCAGUGACAGUGAAAUCGUUUGAUUUCUUUCUGUCGGCUCAGCUUUUUUUAUUUUGGAGGUGGAAGAGAACCUUGCCGAUACUAUUGCCGUCAGUCUCUUUUAUACUUCAUAGUCGCACAAACAUGAGGACAAUCUUAUUGUGACACUUGUUAUUAUUGUUAUUAAAAAAUUUAAAUUAAAAAAAA